CUUUUUGCAUUUCAUUUCAAUCGUCGUCCGAGCAGGGUGUGCAUUACCGUCGUCGCGAAGAUAUCUCACAGCGCAAAGUGUACUCGUUUCGCAGUUGGAAUUUCUACACAAAACUCAAAGCCAGUGGCAAGUUGGUAUUAGAGAAAAAGUAAGAAGUUUGGAAGCAGCGGUAUAGAUUUGUGAAAAGUGGAUUCACUUUCGGGCUGCAACAUUUGGAAGAAGUCAUCAGCUAAAAGAAGCAAUAGUGAGAUAUAUUGUGCCAGCGUGUGUGCAUACGCAGUGUGUUUGAGUGUGUGUGUGUGCUGUGGCCGUGUUGGAAGCUUGAAGUGAAGCGUGUAAACGGCAGUGCAAGCGAGAAGAUAUUGGCAUCGGGUUGUUUUUUUUCUACUGUGAAAUCCAAGACUUACAGCACCGCGUUAGUGACAAGGGACGACCACCCCACCCAUCCAGCCUACACAUUCCGGAAAGCAAUAAAAUACGGACCAAAGGUGCAGCCGGCCGGCCGGGAACGUGCUGUGUCUUAGAGUUUAUAGCAUCUUCAACGAAUUCUUGAAUUCUCGAAAGUAAAACGACGGCCUCAGUAGAUUGGUAGCGGAUAGCAGCAGCAGGGACAAUUUGGCCAAGCGAUCCAAAAUGCGUGAAUACAAAAUCGUCGUACUUGGCAGUGGUGGUGUCGGCAAAUCGGCCCUGACAGUGCAGUUUGUUCAGGGCAUAUUUGUGGAAAAGUACGAUCCAACGAUAGAGGACAGCUACCGGAAACAGGUCGAAGUGGAUGGUCAGCAAUGCAUGUUGGAAAUUUUGGACACAGCCGGCACAGAACAAUUCACCGCCAUGCGAGAUUUAUACAUGAAGAAUGGCCAGGGAUUCGUGCUUGUAUAUUCCAUCACUGCACAGUCGACCUUCAACGAUCUGCAGGACCUGCGGGAGCAAAUUUUAAGGGUGAAGGAUACCGAUGACGUUCCAAUGGUGCUGGUUGGCAACAAAUGCGAUCUCGAGGACGAACGAGUCGUAGGCAAAGAUCUGGGCAGGAGUCUAGCAGCGCAGUUCAAUUGUGCAUUCAUGGAAACGUCUGCCAAAGCUAAAAUUAAUGUUAACGACAUCUUUUAUGACUUAGUGCAACAAAUCAACAAGAAAUCGCCUGAACGGAAGCCCAAUAAAAAGAAGAAAUCGCUCUGUGUGCUGCUGUAAAAAUCUACUUAGGGACAAAAUGGACAAGUAUAAAACCGCUCACUCACAAAACAAACACACAUAAAACACGCAACCGUAUAAGAACAAUCCAUAGGAAUCCGCGAUAUGAUGCGUAGUGUGUGGGUGUUUGUGGGUGUGUUAGAAGUGCAGAAAAGGAUUUAAAUGAACAGGAUUAAAAAAAAACUAGACAGAAAUCAAGUAAGAAAGAUGAUAAUCAGCGUUAGGGGAAGGGAGAAGGGAAAGGAGUGCUGAGUGUAUCAAGAUAAGGGAAUAACAAAUGGUGGAAAUAAUUAGCAAGUGUAAGGACGACUGGUAAGAGCAGUUAUAUAUAUAUACACACACACAUUCUCGUUCAUAGGGAAAUAUGGACCCUCCAGAGAGACGACACAUCCAUUAAGCGAGAUCUCGUGAAGAUACGAUCGAACUGCGAGAUUGCACAAUACAUACACAACACACUCACUCGAAACAAAUAGAAAACACUAGACGAGAUGAAAGGAACCGAUUAGAAAAGAGUGCAAAACGGAAGGAGCGUUGGUUAAGCGAUAGCUUAAUAUAAGGGAUCAUAAACAGAGUACAUACAUCUUCCUCGCUGUUCAUUCAUGGAGCAAAAGGUGCAGAAAACGAUACUAGACCAUUAAUGUUGACAAAUAUUAGGACGGCGGAAGCAAUCACCGUACAUACUGUCGAAAGCUGUUGAUCGCGGUUCUCUUCACGACGCAGAAGUAAGAAGUAUGAUGAUCAAUCACCAAGUCACUAAACAGCACAGUUUUAUGAGAGAUACAAAGAUGAAAGGAUGCGUUGAAAAAGUAAAUGGAAAGUCAGGAAACCAAGAACGUGUCGUUCAGACUAAUGUCGCUGCUCCUCUCUACCUGCCAACGUGAAGCACACAAUGCAUAGCAGCCUCGAUACUGGAACACAUCAUUUGUUGCAAUAGAGACCAGACCGAAGGAAACAGGCGAAAGAUCGCGAGAUGAAUGUUGAGUAAAAACGAAAACAACCUAUACCUUGUUGUAGCUAUGUAGCUUCUAUUUUUCUCCUUUGCUUUAUGUUAGUUUGUGUUGAAAGAAGAUUUUUCUAUUAUUACACCAUCUAUGUUCGAUGUGAUUCAAGUUGACCAAUUUUCUCUGUUUAUCUUUCUCUCUCAUUCUCUUCCUCGUUCUAUUGCAAAACCCAAUCCGAUUAUAGCUCGCGCAGAUAGGUUUAUAUUAUUAUUAUUUUUUAAUUUGUAUUCCUUUAUGUGGACCCGACGAAAAAGCGAGAAAAUAAAUCAAGCCGCGUUUUUGCGACGAAUCCUGGCAAUGGAA